AUGGCAACAAUCACUCUUCCAAGGUCCAUCGUGAUCAAAUCCAAAGCUUACCGCGAUAAAGGCUAUGCUUACUUCAAGGCAGACGGCGCCACCGUACUUAUCAGAGGAGACGACAUAUUCAGCACGCUCGUCAAGAUUGAGUCGGAGAUGGCAACAAUCAACGACAAAUGCAUCAACCUACGAUUCGGUUACUUCAACAGAUACUGGCAGCAGAGCGGAAACAGCAACUUCAUCGUUGCUGAAUCCGACCAGCCACAGGAGGACGUCACAAAGCCCUCCUGCACCUUGUUCGAGCCCGUCAAGGUUGAUGAUAACGGCGUCUUCUACUUUACCCACGUCCAGAGCGGAAGGCGCGUGUUGGUAGAUAGCCUGACCAUGGGCUUCUACGUCGAUGAAAAGGCCGGAGAUGAUGAGAAAGCCUAUCUAACUUUUGUGGAUUGGACCACAUUAGUUAAACUGCCUCCCAACAUAUCAUUAAAAGUGGAUAACGGAAAGUAUCUGAGAACGCGGUCGCCAAUUCUGGAGUUCGUAUCUGAAGAUCGUAACAAACAAGAUUCGAGCUUUGUAGUGGAACUGCAGCCGGACGGACAUGUCAAAAUCGGGCAGGGGCAGGCUUUAUCGACUAGAUCUUACUGGGGCGAGAUCGCUGCUGCAUCAUAUAUGUUUUGGCCGAUUAAAAUCGAUGAAACUUCAAUCGCCUUUCGCAGUCAGUACAUCCAGAAUUUCUGCUGCCGUCGCGAGAGAAAUCCUAUUUCAGGCGAGUUGGAGAAUUUUCUAAGAGCGUCAGCUAACAGUAUCACGAAAGAAGCAAUAAUGGAAGUGCAGGAAUCGUUGUUGUCGAGAAAGAUCUACAACGUGAGGUACCAGAUGGAGUAUGCUCAGAUUUUCAACGAGGCGCCUUUCGUGGCAGGCUCUACCUCGCUCAGUAACCCGAACGAGGGGGUGGCUACUGUCCAGGCCUCAAUUACAUAUACAGAUGAAAAAUCCUACUCUUUUACUCGAAGCUUAUCGUUGACCAGGGGAGUCAGCAGCACCAUCGAAGUUGGUGUGCCCAUCAUUACAAGCACUUCAAUUACGGUGAGUUAUGAGAUAAAUGGGUCGUUCGAGUGGGGUGAAACCAUGACAACCUCAACGUCGGUUACAGCUACCGGGAUAGUUCCCGUGCCUGGGAAGAGUAUGGUUAUUGUGGAUUACGUUGGAACAAGAGGCAUCUGCAAUAUUCCUUACUCUUACACUCAGCAAGACACGAGUUCCAUCGAUGGAAAAAUUGUUAAUACGAUUCUUUAUGAUGGUAUCUACAGUGGCGUCAGUUAUUACAACUUCAGCUUCAAUGUCAGAGAGAUUAAGUCACUCUGA